AUGACCGACGAAGAGGAAGCGCCUGCUGAGGUGCAUCAUUACAGCAGUCUGGAAGAAGUGCCCUGGGAUAUUCAAAACUACUGGGCACAGCGCUACCGGAUCUUCUCCAAAUACGAUGAUGGUGUAUGGUUGACCGAUGAUGCUUGGUUUGGCGUCACACCAGAACCAGUCGCCAACCAAAUAGCUUCACAGAUUGCCGAGUCAGCGCCUGCCGGACGCAGUAUUCUCGUGGAUGCCUUCGCUGGCGCAGGAGGAAACACCAUUGCAUUUGCCUUGACCGGUAAAUGGAAGCGAGUUUAUGGGAUUGAAAAAAACCCGGCCGUACUCAAAUGCGCAAAACAUAAUGCGAAAAUCUAUGGCGUCGAGGACAGAAUUACUUGGUUCGAAGGCGAUUGCUUCGAGAUCCUCAAGAAAGAACUCAAAGAACUGGCGCCAUACAGUAUUGUUUUCGCUAGCCCCCCAUGGGGAGGCCCGGGAUAUCGCUCAGAUCAGGUAUUCGACCUCAAGACCAUGGAGCCUUACUCUCUCCAGAGAUUGUAUGAUGAGUACUCUGUAUUCAGCAAGCAUAUGGUACUUUACAUUCCAAGGACGUCUGAUCUGAAGCAAAUGGCAAAGCUGGUUCCUAAUGGUCGGAAGGCUACGGCAAAGAUCUAUGUCCGGAUACCGCCAGCUCCUAUGCAGUUUAUCCCUCGGCUAAACGCCUGGAAAGCGCCAUUCACGUCCUAUGCGCUGGACCUCUGGGUCUUCAUGAAUGCUUUGAUUCUGGAAGGCCCGGACGUUUUUCAGGAGCUCUCUGAUACCAUCGAUGAUAGCGGUAGGCUCAUCCUCGGGCUUAUCAGCCUCUACCAAAGCCGCUACCAAGUAAGAGAAUGGCCGGGUGAAGCGUGGACCCUGUUUCCCUAG